GCGGACGCUCAGCGCGCGGCCCCGCUCCGCUGCGCGGCGGCUGCGGCCCGGCCCGGCCCCGCCAUGCCCCGGUGAGACCAUGGAGCCCAACCCGGGGCCCACGGGGGCCGAGGACGGGAGGCUGCGGCCCGGCGCCAAGCGAGUCACCUUCCCGUCCGAUGAGGACAUCGUGUCCGGGGCGGUGGAGCCCAAGGAUCCGUGGAGACACGCCCAAAAUGUGACGGUGGAGGAGAUCGUCAGCGCCUACAAGCAGGCGUGCCAGAAGCUGAGCUGCAAGCAGAUCCCCAAACUCCUCAAGCAGAUCCAGGAGUUUAAGGACCUGGCACCCAGGAUAGAUUGCUUGGAUCUCAAAGGGGAGAAGCUGGACUACAAGGCGUGCGAGGCGCUGGAGGAGAUCUUCAAGAGGCUGCAGUUCAGAAUCGUCGACUUGGAGCAGACCAGCUUGGAUGAGGACGGCGCCUCGGCGCUGUUUGACAUGAUCGAGUACUACGAGUCGGCCACGCACCUCAACAUCUCCUUCAACAAACACAUCGGCACGCGGGGCUGGCAGGCGGCCGCACACAUGAUGAGGAAGACCAGCUGCCUGCAGUACCUGGACGCCCGCGGGACGCCCCUGCUGGACGCCUCGGCGCCGUUUGUGGCGCGGGCGCUGCGCAUCAGCAGCAGCCUGGCUGUGCUGCACCUGGAGAACGCCAGCCUGUCGGGGCGGCCGCUCAUGCUGCUGGCCACGGCUCUGAAGAUGAACGUGACGCUGCGGGAGCUUUACCUGGCUGACAACAAGCUGAACGGGCUGCAGGACGCGGCGCAGCUGGGCAACCUGCUCAAGUUCAACUGCUCCAUCCAGAUCCUGGACCUCCGCAACAACCACAUCCUGGACUCGGGUGGGUCUGAGCGCAAAUCCCCCAGUGCUGCCUGGCUGUCCCCCAAAUCAUGCCUAGAUGUCCCCCAAAUCCCACCCAGAUAUCCCCAACCCCCCCAAAUCCCGCCCGGAUAUCCCCAGCCGCCCCCCAGAUCCUACACAGGUAUCCCCUAAGUCCUGUGCAGACAUCCCCCAAAUCUGCUCGGUAUCCCCCACAUCUCACCCAGCCGUCUCCCAAAUCUUGCCCAGAUAUCUCCAGAUGUUCCCCGGAUCCUGCACAGAUGUGCUCUGAACCUCCCCCCAACCCCCCAAACCUCAG